AUGGGAUGCUCUGGGUUGCAGGCUCCUGGUCUCUGGAAACAUCCAGAUGAUAAAUCACCAACGUUUAAUACAGUCGAGUAUUGGACAAACUUAGCAAAGUUGUUAGAAAAAGGUAAGUUCAAUGCCCUUUUCAUUGCUGAUGUUUUGGGGCCUUACGAUGUCUACAAUGGACCACGUAAUAUUUCCAAUGCUGCUAGAUCAGGUGCUCAGUGGCCAAUUACAGAACCCAGUGCAGUUGUUAGUGCGAUGGCUGCUGUUACGAAGAAUUUGGCCUUUGGUGUCACCUUUUCUACAAUUAGUGAAGCUCCAUAUCAUAUCAAAUUUAUAGCAGUAUUGACUACCGUCAUUGGGAAGACCCACGAAGAAGCAGAGAGAAAAUAUAAGAAAAUACAAUCGUAUGGUGAUCUUGAAGGUGCUAAAGCUUUAUUUAGUGGAUGGGGAUUCAUUUUGGAAUAUUUGGUGAAGAUUAAGAGUUGA